AUGGGUGAUGCUCCACCGCCACCGCCACCAGAAGGUGCACCGCCGGCACCAGCACCAGAAGGAGGAGCACCGCCGCCGCCAGCGCCAGAAGGAGCAGCAGCACCACCACCACCACCACCGGCGCCAGCUGGACCGCCAACGCUGAACAUCGACCCACCGGCCGCAACGGUUGCAGCUGGCGGUGGCCAGUGCACGCACCAGCUUGCCAAUCCGAGUGGUGUUCGCCUAGCAUUCAAGGUGAAGUCAACGAACAAUAACGAUUAUCGUCUGAAGCCGGUCUACGGAUUCGUUGAAGCGGGAGCAGCCUCACCAAUCGAGAUCACACGUACAGCCGGACCACCGAAGGAGGACAAAUUUGUCAUUCAGUUCAAGGAAGCACCCCCGGACGCAGUAGAUGCCGCUCACUUAUUCAAGGAAGGACCCCCGCUCGGCGAAGUGACCCUUCCCAUCAUGGCCCAGUAA